ACCAAGUCGAAUUAAUAAAUAUUUUUGCAAAUUGAUUUGGUUAAGCAAGGGUAAAUUUGACGAAGAAACACACUCUUCAUUGCCAUUAUCAUAUUCAUGAAAAUCAUAUAGAAAUCAACAUCACUGCCGCUACGUGUUUCUCCUCGAAACUACUCAAACCUAAGGUUUUGCGAUGAGGCGAAAAAUCAAGAUUGGGGAAAAUAAUUUUUAGAUUCCAAGUUAGAACUCAUCGACAUUACUCAAAAAUCUGAAUUAAAUUUGUGUUUGAGGUUGAAUUUGAUUGAUUGAUGGCUUGUAAGUGUAAGGGAAGCUUAAAUGUGAGAAAACCUCACUUCUAUGAGGUGUAUUCAUCUUCUUCUAGCUUUGAAACCCUGAAAAUUCCAAAUGGUUUCGUAUGUCAAAUGGAAGGCAGGACAUGUGGAUUAGUUUCAUUAACUGGUCCUAGUGGAAAUACUUGGCAAGUUCGAUUAGUUGAGCAGGGCAAUUAUCUAUUCUUCCAUCAUGGAUGGUCAACAUUUACGGAAGAUCAUCAUUUAGAAUAUGGUGACCUUUUGGUUUUCAGAUACGAGGGUGACUUGCAUUUCACCGUGCAAGUAUUUGGCAAGAAUGCGUGCGAGAAAGAAGCAGCAUUUAAUUCUGAGUGCAAUCUAAAUUCAUUCAACUUAGAUAAUAUUGAAGGACUAAAAAGGGAUGCCGAGGAGAUUUAUUCUUUGGAUGUUGUUGGAGGUGUUCAGAAGAAAAUGAGGCGUGACACAGUUGAGAACCAGGAACUUGGGUUGGCUAUUGUUGGUAGAGAACUACCCCAGGGUGAGGUAAUUAAACCAAUUCGAAUGAUCAGAGAAACAGAAGAAACCUACGGAGAAUGUUCUGCUAGUGCUGUUCCUUUUCACACAAAAACUAGUAAUGAAGAUGAAGCCAUUCUCAGUGGAGCUUCAUUGUCAAAGCUAUCAGCACACGAUGAGAAAAAGAUAGCCCAGUCAUUUACCUCCUCUUUUCCAUAUUUUGUUAAAAUAAUUAAAACCUUCAAUGUCAGUGGUUCAUAUACUCUGAAUAUACCAUAUCAGUUUUCGAUGGCACAUCUUCCAAACUGCAAGAUAAAGAUUAUUCUUCAUAAUUUGAAGGGAGAACACUGGACCGUUAAUUCUGUUCCAACAACUAGGGUGCAUACAAGUCACACUAUGUGUGGAGGAUGGAUGGCUUUUGUUCGUGGUAAUAGUAUAAAGGUUGGAGAUGUCUGCAUUUUCGAACUUAUACGUGAGUGUGAAUUACGUGUUCGCAUUGCUGAGGUUGGAAAAGAUGGGUUAGACUGCCAAGUUGGAAAACUAGCUUUUAGUAUGCUUAGGGCAAGACACGAUGUCGCUUGCAGAAAGACUGCCAAAUAUAUGUCAAAAAGCCCUAAAGUCAGCCCAAAGUCGAGAAACAAAGUUGAUCUAUCAGAUAAAAGGUUGUCAAAGAUGGGUCAAGAAACUGUUUUAUCCGGUAGAGCUUCAAAUACUUCGAAGAUCGGGGUUUGCCCCAAGUCAAAACCUGCCAAGAAAAAGUUGGCUGUACCGCGGAAACAUAGUGUUGAAGAUGAACUAAGCUCCCAGGCUAAAGCUGGUUUGAGAAUGUUGUUUGCACUUGACGAACAAAGAGUGGCUGAAGCUUUUACUUCGGACUUUCCUAAUUUUGUGAAAAUCAUGAAGAUGUUCAAUGUCAGCGGAUCAUACACUUUGAAAAUUCCAUAUCAGUUCUCUGCUGCACAUCUUCCUGCCGACAAAACAGAAGUUACUCUUCGCAAUUCAAGAGGCCAAUGUUGGACCGUGAACUCCGUUCCAGAUGCUAAUGGGAGAACAAUUCACACCUUUUGUGGAGGAUGGAUGGCUUUUGUUCGUGAUAAUGACAUAAAUUUUGGCGACACAUGCAUAUUUGAGCUGGUUUCUCAUUAUGUGAUGCAGGUUUAUAUAUCUGGGGUUGGAAAGGAAGGUCUUGACCAUCAAAAUGGUGGGCAUGUGAAACUUACUAACUAGUCACUGCUUCAAUUAGAUGUAUCAUCACUAAUCAAGAGCAUCGAAUGUAUUUACUUAUCUAGUGCACUACUGUCUUUUAGUUUAUGUCAUUGUGAAUUGUGAUAUGCAUGUAACAUUCAGUAGGCUCGUGACAUGUUGGUCUCGAAGAGGUAAAAACUACAUUUUGAUCUU